UCUUCACCUCUAAUCGUGCCCCUCUGCCCUAAAAAGAAUAAAACAAAUAUCAGGUGUAAAUAGGAGAGACAGAUGGGUAAAAUUACGAAGGCCACGGAAGGGACACGGUAAAACUAAAUCGGAUCCACGUCAUCAGCGGUGGACCCCAGCCUCCCAAAAAGUGCAAAUAAAUAAAUGGCAUCAUAAACAUCGUCAUCAAUAUCAUUUUGAUUCAAACAGCCAUCCUCCUUCCCCUCUCCCUCUCCCUCUCCCUCUCCCUCUCCCUUCUCCCAUUUGUUUUCCUUCACAUUCCUCUCACCGUUUUCGGCCGGGCUUGCAAUUUUGAUUUAAAAGAAAACCAUCUUGAAAAUCAAUAACGAAAGGAAAUUGAAAUCGGAUCGAAGGGUUGAGGGCGAGAGGAGAAGAAUGAGCACUAAGAAGAAAACAUCGCAGGGUCACUUGAGUAGAACACGCAUAGGAAAGUACAAGCUGGGAAGAACCCUGGGUGAGGGGAGUUUCGCAAAGGUCAAGUUCGCUAAGAAUGUCGAGACCGGCCAGUGUGUGGCGAUCAAAAUCAUGGAUCGUGAUCAAGUUCUACGUCACCGUAUGGUCGAACAGAUAAAAAACGAAAUCUCAACGAUGAAGCUCAUCAAGCAUCCCAAUGUCAUUAAAAUAUUUGAGGUUAUGGCGAGCAAGACAAAGAUUUACAUCGUGAUCGAGUUCGUUAAUGGUGGCGAGCUCUUCGACAAAAUUGCCAGGCACGGGAGACUCAAAGAAGAUGAGGCUAGAAGCUAUUUCCAGCAGCUUAUUAAUGCUGUUGAUUACUGCCACAGUAGAGGCGUCUACCAUAGAGAUUUGAAGCCAGAAAAUCUUCUUUUGGACUCCUAUGGUGUUCUUAAAAUUUCAGACUUUGGAUUGAGUGCUUUCUCACAGCAAGUUCGGGGGGAUGGAUUGCUUCACACUGCAUGUGGCACUCCAAAUUAUGUUGCUCCAGAGGUACUUAAGGAUAAGGGUUAUGAUGGAAAAUCAUCUGAUAUUUGGUCUUGUGGAGUUAUUCUGUUUGUACUUAUGGCUGGUUAUUUGCCUUUUGAUGAGCCAAACCUUAUAACCUUGUAUAACAAAAUUGGGAAGGCCGAUUUCACUUGUCCGUCAUGGCUUUCACCUGGUGCAAAGAAAUUCAUAAAGCGUAUUCUUGAUCCAAACCCUCUUACACGUAUAACUAUCCAUGAUAUCUUAAACGAUGAAUGGUUCAAGAAAGGGUACAAACCACCCAAAUUUGAGGAGGAAGAGGAUGUAAAUCUUGAUGAUGUAGAUGCAGCUUUUAAUGACUCAAGGGAACACUUUGUAACAGAAAGGAAAGAGAAGCCCGAGUCCUUGAAUGCUUUUGAGUUUAUCUCUAGGUCUCAAAGCUUUAGCCUUGACAAGUUGUUUGAGAAGCCUACGGGUCAUGUGAAGCGAGAAACCCGUUUUGCUUCCCAUUGUCCUCCUAAUGAAAUCAUCUCCAAAAUUGAGGAAGCAGCGAAGCCUCUGGGGUUUAACGUUAACAAGCAAAACUACAAGAUGAAGUUGAAAGGUGACAAAAGUGGGAGAAAGGGCCAACUUUCAGUGGCCACCGAGGUGUUUGAGGUGGCUCCCUGCUUACAUAUGGUAGAGCUCCGGAAAACCGGGGGUGACACAUUGGAGUUUCACAAGUUCUACAAACAAUUUUCAUCGGGAUUGAAAGAUGUGGUCUGGAAAGCUGAAGACAUUGCUGAGGAGUAAAAAUGAUCUGAUAUAUCUCUCACCACACAUCAUGCAUCUGUUGUUGUAUUGACAUGAACCAAACGGGGAUUUUUGAGCAACUAAAUUGGGUGGUGCAGGCCAUGAUGAAGAAAAACUGUCUUGCGUGGUUCCAUGUUCAUCUUUUGCGCUCUAGCCAAGCAACGAAUGAUGUUGGUGAUUUCUGUUAUUGGUUGGGCCUUUGGGGGCUUAAGAAAAGAGUUCAUUUUUGUUUCCUUAGGAAGAAACCAAUUUCAUUGAAAUUUUGUUAGAUGGAGUAAAUGCAGUAUUUAGAGACGGUCUUCUUUAUAUUUUUAAAUCUUUAAAAAAAGUUAUUGCGAUUUCAAAUAA